AUGGCGACUACAGCCGCCAGCGGGCCGCCUACGACGCGCGUCGACGUCCCCUCAUGGAACGGCGAGGCAGACGAGUUGACGAGCUACAAGUUUGAGGUCUCCAUGUUCACCAAGAGCAUCAAGACUGCGGAGCGCUACGUGUGCGGCCCGCAGCUGGCGCGCGCCCUCGGGGCGCGAGUCCGGACGACGGUGGAGAGCUGCCCGGACAUCGACACGGUCGACGAGAUCGACAAGGAUGGAGUUUUGAUUGGUUGGAACAAAGUGUUUCAGUACGUAUUGGAGAAGCUGGACUUCACCAGCCUGAAUGAUACGGGCCUCCUCGCGGAGGAGUUCUUCCUGAAGGUCAGCCGGAACUCGGGCGAGACCUUCCAGGACUGGGCCGCCAGAUUCGAGAAGAAGGAGCGGGAGCUGUUGGUGCAGCUCCAAGUCAUUGAUUCCAGCGUGACGGAAGUGAUUGCGAAGCCUCUUCGGACAUGGUGGUUCCUUCGGAAGUCCAGGCUAUCCCCUGUCCAACGUGGAGAGAUCACCGCCACUGCAGGUGGCGACCUCAACCUCGGCAAGACAUACAAGGCCUUGCUCACGCGCUUCCCGGCGGAGGCGCUGGCGGAGCUCGACGGCAAGCAGCACCGUAAGGCCUUCUAUGAGGACACGCCCGUCGACGACGUUGAGGACGAGACUGGUGGGGAAGAUAUUGAUUUCACAGAGGUUGUCGAGCAGCUGAUCACCCUCGCUGAAGAAGAUGAAGAUGAGGAGCCAGCUGACGACAACCCAGCGGACAACGAGGUGUUCGCAGAGUUCAAGCAGGUGGGCAGGAGCUUCAAGGACGCUCGCGACCUGAUCCGACGCCUUCGAGUGUCCCGCGACUACUACCCGGUCGUGUCGCUCAAGGACCCCGAUCGCGUGCCCCCGCCUCCGAACCCGGGACGAGGCUUCCAGCGUGGCCGUGGCAAGAACGGUCGAGGCCGCGCUCGCUUCGACACGGGCAAGGGACGUGACAUGUCCAAGAUGAAGUGCAUCGCGUGCGGCGAAUAUGGUCAUCGAGCGGCGGACUGCAACGAGAGGUUCAAGAAAGAUACUACGAGAGAUGGAGCUCGUGGGACUACUCACAACGGCUUCGUCCUGUCCGCCCUCGACGAGUACCUCUACCUCCUGGAGCGUGACGGCAUCUGGGCGAUCCUCGACAUCGGGGCCACGAAGAGCCUCGGCGGCCUCGAGAGCAUCGAGAACCUCAUGUACGAGAUGCUGGACCAGCACGGCCAGGAGUUCGAGACGACACAUGACGAGUGCUCAUUCACCUUCGGCGACGGCCUCCAGAAGAGCUCGAUGGGCACGGUGAAGGGGAACGUGUUCCUCGGCGGCGACCUGACCGAGGUCAAGCUGUCGGUGAUGCCGAACCGCGUGCCGAUCCUCCUGGGCAUGGACAUUCUGACUGACUCGCUGAAGGUUGUGGUCGACUGCGGCCGGAACUGGAUCGGCCUUCCGACCAUGGGCAACAAGGUGUUCUUCUGCGAGCGCCUCUCGAGCAACCAUCUGGCCGUCAACCUGACGACGCCGCAGUGGUGGAAGGAGGUGCCGCUUUCCUUGCCGAGUGCCGGGUGCCUGACGUCCGAAGCGACGGCGCCCGAUGUUCUGGUCGAGGAGCUGCCUGAAGAGGCCGCUCCGUGCAGCUGCUGCCCUGCGGUACAUCGAAACACCUACCAGAGCGACGGAAACCUCGGCGGCGCGGACACCUACCAGAGCGACGGAAACUGCGACACGGAGCGGAUCGGCUCGAGCGACGGAAACCUCGAUUUCGUUCGGACGGACGGUCAGGGGAUCGACAACUUCGGCUCCAGCGACCCCGACGCCAGCAUCAGCGGCAACACCAGCUACUCCGGCAAGAGCCACACGUGUACGAAGGCGACGGAGGUGACCAUCCGGGAGCAGGCAGUGGCUCUACGCUGGCGGCGCCUGUCCAACAAGCUGAACUCCCCGGAGGUGCAGGGGGGCUGGAAGUUCACUCCGGAGAUGCUCGACGACUCGGAACUGCCGGAGAUGGACUCGAAGAGCCACGACAAGGUCCUGGACGAGAUCUACCAGACCAUCGCCGAGGACCUGACGGAGCUCGGCAGGCCCUACCGCAUCGACCUGAUGGAGGUGUGCUGUCCGGAGGACUCGAGCCUCAGCAAGGCCGUGCAGGACCAGGGAGGCAAAGUGUUCAGGUGCGGCCUCUUCAAUGGGAUCGACAUGGGAACGGCAACCGGGCUUCGACGCGCGCUUCACCUUCUCCGACGACUCCGACCGCGCCGCUUGGUUCUCAGCCCGCCAUGUACAGCAGACUGCCCGAUCCAGAAUCUCAACCAGAAGACAGCUCAGCAGAAGGCCACGUAUCUGGCGAAGGUGCGCAAGGCCCGACGGAUCCAGCGGAACUGCAAGAGCCUCUGGGAAGACUCGAAGAAGAUUCACGACUGCCACACCGAGCUCGAACAGCCAGCUUCCAGCCGAAGCUGGACCAGGUCGCCCUCGAUCAAGGCGAUGCGCGACCAGAUGCACGAGACGAUCAUCCAUGGCUGUGCGCAUGGACUUCGCGAAGCUCGUUCCGGCCUGCUGAUGAGGAAGGCAUGGCGCAUAUGCUCGACAGACCCGGAGUUCGGCGCUAAGCUCGGCAGGACGUGCUCCAACCGCCCUGGCAGGGGCGACAACCACACACACCGCCCCAUCGAGGACGGACAGGUGGUGGCCCAGACGGCCUUUUACCCACCAGCACUGUGUAAGGCCUGGGCAAAGCAUAUCCUGAAGACGAACACCAGCGCGAGGUACGGCAAGGAGAUCUUCACCAGCUUGGAACAGAUCCCAGAGGACGCUGAAGAGGAGAUGGAGGAGGCCCUCGACGAGGACCUCUUGCAGGAUAACCCCGAGGCCAUGGACGACGAGUCGGUCAUGAAGGGCCUGGGCAUCUCCGAGACACCGACCAAGAAGGAGGAGCUGGAGAUAGAGCAACGGCUGACGCGGCUCCACCGCAACCUCGGCCACCCGAGCAACAAGACGCUGUACAAGAUCCUCAAGGCAUCGGGAGCACCUCUCCAGGUCCUACGAGCAGCUCUUCGCCUCCAGUGUCACGCAUGCCAUGCGGGACAACUACCAAAAGCCGUCAGGGUCGCCUCGGGCAUCGAGUUGCCAGGCGUCCUAGAGGUGCUGGCCUCCGACGGGCUCGAGUGGCUCUCGCCGAAGCAGGACUCUUUCCUGAUGACGUUGAACAUCGACGAGGGAUCCGGGCUCACCAGUGUCACCUAUCAUGGACAGAAGGGAGAGCGCAAUGGCAACAGAUCGACUCAGGAAGUGAUUUCAACAUGGAAUGACUGGUGCGGACAUUACCGCCGCCCCAGCCUUCUCCGUCUGGACCCCGAAGGUUGUCAUCGAUCACAAGCAGUGGCCAGGUGGUGUUCGGACCGCGGCAUCGAGCUGCGGACUGCCCCGGGCGAGGCCCACUGGCUGAUGGGCAAGGUCGAGAGGCGCAUCCAGCUUUUCAAGCGACUGAUGACGAAGCUGGCAACGCUGGACACCGACUGCCCGGUCGAGGAGUUGGCGUCCUGGGCCGUGAGCGCGAUCAACAGCAUGGACAAGGUCGGCAACCACUCCCCGCUCGAGCACGCGAUGGGCGUCUCUGGGAUGCCGGCCUCGAGCAACCCGUUCGCCAUCAUUGACGGGGACACCGGGGAGACUCAGGAGCAGAGGCGCCUCCUCGCGCGCAAAAGCUUCCUGGAAGUAGAGUAUGCUGAGCGUCGCCGACACGCCGAACAGGCCCGCAACCGGGUCUAUCAGACCUGGAAUCCGGGGGACCUCGUCUACUUCUGGCGCAAAGGGAAAGGCCUUGACCCUCGCCCUGGGAAGAAGGGCGGAUGGCACGGCCCUGCUCGUGUCCUUGAUCAGGAAAAACGACACGUGGACGGGCGCACCCGUCCUACCUCGGUCAUCUGGAUCUCCCACGGGAGCGUGCUCAUCAGGUGCGCCCCGGAGCAGCUGCGCGUCGCCUCGGAGGCAGAGAAGAUGAUCGUCGAAUUGCAGCGGCAAAGCAACCUUGGCAAGACAAUGACGGAGAUCUUGGAGACAGCCAAGGGCGGUACCUACGAAGACCUUCUCGGACAAAAUCCUCCAGACCUCCGAGAAUACGAGCCUCCACCGCAGCCGACGAUGGCGAUCCCCGCGACCGAGGGCCAGACUCUCGAGAACAACAGCGAGGCGGGACUCCCCUCAGGCGAGUCGAGACCUCGAUGGCGCAUGACACACCGCGGACCAGAGCUCGAUCUGCACGUACCACCGGAGAAGCGACAGAAAGGCGCAGACGAGGAGAUGGCCGACGCGCUGUUCGACAGCAACCACCUGGUCGACCUCUUCAAGGACAAGCUGGACAUCACCCUCGGCAUCGACGAACAGCAGACCGUCUACUUCGAGUACUUGCAGGAUGAGAAUACCACUCCAGACGGACGCCGAGGUUUGACGAGCCACAUCCUGGACAGCUUCGUCGUCAACCAGCGCCGGAAGGACAAGGUGGAGCUGACCUGGUCCAAGAUGAACGCCACCGAGCGUGAGGAGUUCGAGGCAGCCAUCGCCAAGGAGACGAACAACUGGAUCCAGCAUCAGGGACUCCGCGCUGUCCCGAUAUCUCGGGUCAAGGACGCGGCGGACGUCAUCCGGGCAAGGUGGCUCUUCACCCGCAAGUCCGAUGGGAAGGCGAAGGCCCGGCUCGUCCUCCUCGGCUACCAGACGAAGGACCUAGGACAGGAGCCGACAGCCAGCCCCACCGCGUCUCGGCGCGCCCGUCACGUGAUGCUAACAGUGGCCGCCGCGAACCGCUGGAAGCUCAUCAAGGGCGACGUCACCUCCGCCUUUCUGCAGGCCCACGACCUCGACAAGGACCUCUUCAUCGAGCCAGACGCCGUCCUCAGAAAGGCCUUCCACGUACAGGAAGGGGAAAUCCUCCAGGUCGUGAAACCUGGAUAUGGGAUCGGCGAGGCGCCCCGGCACUGGUGGGAGACGGUCAAGCACGACUUUGCGAAACUUCGACUCCAAGCCUGCGAGUUGGAGCCCUGCCUCUGGAAAGCACGAUGUUCCAGGACGGGUAUGCUCAUCGGUAUGAUCAUGGCCCACGUCGACGACUUCAUCAUGGCAGGAGAUACCUCCCACCCUGAGUGGCAGGACAUGGUCAAGCAGAUCCGAGGGCUCUACAAGUGGGGCACCUGGGAGGACAUGAAUGACGGGCUCACCUCUCUCGAACAGUGCGGCGUCACCAUCGAGGAGAGCGAGCAGGGCUUCUUCCUCCACCAGAAGUCGUACAUCGACAAGAUCAAGGAGGUCAAGGCGGCCAGCGGCAGUAAGCAUCGGACCACCGACAGCCUCAAGGACUCUGACAAGACGGUGCUCAGGGCGUUCUGCGGCGAGAUCUACUGGCUUGGCGUGAAUACCAUGCCAUUUCUCUUAUCGUGGGUAGCCGACCUCCAGAUGAAGAUACCAGCAGGUACUCACAACCUCUUCACGGCCGCUAACAACAUCGUCAAGCUCGUCAAGCAGAGCCGCCACAUGGGGAUCAGGAUCUACCGGCACGCCCUGGACGACCUCGCCAUCUUCACCUGGUGCGACGCAGCCUGGGCCAGCCGCCCGGAUGGACACUCCCAGGGUGGUCAUAUCACCGCUAUCUCCUCCAAGGCGGCCAUGGACGGGAAGCUCUCCGAGUUCACGGUCCUCGACUGGGGCUCCAAGAAGCUGCGCCGCGUGGCUCGGUCAAGCCUGGCGGCGGAGGUGCAGGAAGCCGGCGACGCCGAAGGCGAACAGAGCAUGAAGCAGCAGUGGCGCCUCAUCUACGACGAGCAGUUCAUGAGCGCUCGCAAGCGGGCAGCUCUUGGCAAGGGCAUCUUCGACGAGACGGACCCGACCGACCCGGCCUCAGCUCGUCAGGUACUCGAGGAGCGUAGGUUGGCCCGCCAGGCACAACCACCAGCCAGCAUGGAAGGGAACCCUUCCAGCUCGACGACCUCUACUGGGUUCUCGGCCUCCGAAUCCCUGAUCAUGAUCCAGAAGUUGCAGCAGGAGAUCGAGGCCCAUCAGAAGUUCGUCCAGCAGCACGCACGGAGCGCAGAGAUUGCCUGCGCGCACGGUACAGGGCAGACCCUUUUUCCCCCUGUCUGA